CUAAGGCUACAGAGAAGUUUUUUGGUCUACCAUAGACUAGCGCGAAUUGCGUGAUCGCACGUCUUCUCCCCCAGCUAUCAACCAUUGCGGAGAAGGAUUUCAAAGCGUAUCCGAUGGCGGGCCUGGUUAUAUUCUCCAAAGGGCGAGAGACCUGUUCUCGUCCACCACACCGAGCAAUCGAUUUGUAGUAUUAUUUUCUUCUGCGAGACGCCAGGAAAUACACCUACGCCAUCAUUCUACAACGCCUUGCUCGCACGUGCCAAUUGCUACAUUCGGAUACCUGAACAUCAUGUCGUCACAACGCUCUGUGAAGGAGUCCCGGGCUCAGUCGCCCAGCAUUCGAUCAGAGUCUGGAUAUGCUUCCGGGGCCUCGAGCCAGGACAGUCUGCCUGAAGUCUACUUCAGCAAGCCUCAUCUGAAAUUCCUGAACGCUCAGUUGCAGAAGCUGGAGCCGCAGGACAUCCUCAAGUGGUGCAUCACAUCCCUGCCUGGACUGUCCCAGACCACUGCCUUUGGACUGACUGGCCUGGUCACCCUGGACAUGCUUUCUAAGAUGGAUGGGCCCUACAAGCACAACACCGACAUGAUCUUCCUCGACACCCUCUUCCACUUUGAUGAGACUUACGCACUGGUUGACCGCAUCCGCAAGAGGUACAACACCCCCAUCCAUAUCUACAAGCCUGCUGGCUGCGACACCAUCGAGGACUUCAAUGCCCGUUACGGUGAGAAGCUGUGGGAGAGCAACGAGGACCACUACGACUAUGUUGCCAAGGUUGAACCUGCUGAGCGCGCGUACGCCGAGCUCCAAGUCAAGGCUGCCAUCACGGGACGUCGCCGAAGCCAGGGAGGCAAGCGUGGUGACCUCGACAUCAUUGAGAUCAACGAGAGUGGCCUUAUUAAGAUCAACCCCCUCGCCAACUGGUCGUUUGCGCAGGUCAAGGAGUACGUUGACGCUAACGACGUUCCUUACAACGAGCUCCUGAACAAGGGCUACAAGAGCGUUGGUGACUGGCACUCAACACAGCCCGUUGCUGCUGGAGAGGACGAGCGUGCGGGCCGCUGGAAGGGCCGCAACAAGACCGAGUGCGGCAUCCACAACCCCAAGUCGAAGUACGCACAGUUUCUCAAGGAGCAGGAGCUGAAGGCACAGCAAGAAGCGCUCAACGAUGCCCUGCAAAAGCUGGCUGUGUAAGGUGUCUCGUUGCAUUUUCAUUUUGGCGUUUUAUAUCAAGCAUUUAGCAUUGGCGUUUGGGUCAUGGUUAUGAAGCAUGGGGACAGGAAUGAGCACGGAAUCUGAAAUAGGCAUCACAACGAUGGCCAGACGACAUAGAACUUCAACUGGAGCCGAGAUACUACCGGUUGUGAGUGUUGACAGAGAAUGAAGAAUCUACAUCCAAGACUUGAAGGCGUGAUUGUGAGGCGUUGGUUGGUGAAAAAUGACACCAUCUGGAGAAGCACAAACAAAGACCAUUGGCCCUCCCCACGUCAUGUACCCGAGACUACCAACGGGCAAUGCGGCGAGCGAAAACGCGUGCAAUCGCGCCAUCGGUUCCAAGGAAUUGCCGACCAUACAGGGUCCCGCCGCCCCCC